AUGCAGAAGCUUUGUUUUUCAUCUGCCAAGAACUUGUGUCGUAAAAUCCUCCAACCCCGAACCUCAAUCCUGGCAACUACUAAACUCCCUUGCGAUAUCUUUAUUAACCAUCGAGGAAUUGAUACAAAGAGAACCAUCGCAGGGUUGCUUCAUGAUCAUUUAUUCAGGCUGGGGCUAAGGCCUUUCCUGGAUAGCAGGAACAUGAAGCCUGGUGACAGUUUAUUCGACAAAAUCAACCCGGCUAUUCGGAAUUGUAAACUGGGUGUAGCAAUCUUUUCGCCCAAUUAUUGCGAUUCCUACUUUUGCCUCCAUGAACUAACUCUCCUAAUGGAGAGUAAGAAACGGGUUAUUCCAAUAUUUUGUGAUGUGAAACCGUCUCAGCUUCAGUUUAUGGAUUAUGGAACAAGUUCUGAUAAGCAACUGCAAAGGUUUAGCUGGGCUCUUGAGGAGUCAAAGUACACCGUUGGACUUACAUUUGACACUUCAUCAGGGGACUGGUCGGAUUUCUUGAAUGCUGCAACCGAUGCUAUCAUUAAGAACUUGGUGGAGUUGGAAGCAGAAAAUUCAAGCAAGAAGAGUACAUAUAUUGUGCAGGGUCGUGACUAA